UUCUGCUUAUGCCACCAUCUGCUUAAAAGUAGGUGGUUCGUCCACGACUCCCAGUACAACCUGGCGCGACGCGUUUACGUCUUUAUUUUGCUUUCUGCUUUAUCAGCCAUACUUCUCUCAAGGACUUUGCGCAGCACAGUGACCCAACUCCUUCCAAAUCGUCGCGUCUCCAUUCAUAAUAUGUCUAACUCGACGAUCGAGACCGACGUUUCUACUCUCCAGGCUCGCUGGCGCGCGGAUCUGGCCGCCCUUCCAUCCACGCCAGACAAUAUUCCUUCGUUCUUCUUUGGUCAUGGCUCCCCCAUGCUCGUCAGCAAACCCUCGUUCAUGCCAAGGGUCGGGGAAAAAGUCAUGCAAUGGGGCGGUCCUAAUGGCCCGCUGGCCACGUUCCUUCGUGAUUUUGGUCCUGCGUUGCUUGAAAAGUACAACCCAAAGGCCAUCGUCGUGUUCAGUGCCCAUUGGGAGACGGACAACGUGCGCCUCGUCACAGACUACGCCGCAGAGAACCCACUCUUGAUGGAUUAUUACAAUUUUCCACCAGAGAUGUACAGGCUCCAGUUCAAGUCGCACGGAGACAGUGUGGUGUCGAAACGGGUCGUCGAACUGUUCAAGGAGGCAGGCCUCAAGGCCCGUCUUACCCCCAAGACAGAACCUCGCGGAGACGAUGGACGAGGGUAUCCUGGCCCCGGUCUUGACCAUGGUGUUUUCAUCCCAUUUUCAAUUAUGUUCGGCGAAGAACUGAAGUCUGUCCCGGUGAUCCAAGCUUCUAUUGACAGCAGCCUGUCUCCAGAAGACAAUAUUGCUAUUGGCCGUGCCAUGAGGCAGCUGCGAAGGGAAAGCAUCCUGUUGCUGUCUGGCGGGCUCACCUUGCAUAACCUCCGCGACUUUCAGUCCAUGUCGCCGUUCACCGCCAAAGAUCUGCACAAGGAUUUUGACAAGGCUAUUAUUAACGCCGUCAAUGUGGCUGAUAGCAAGGAGCGGAAGAAGGAGUUGAUUGGAUUGACCACACACACCGGAUUUAGAGCUGCCCAUCCACGAGAAGAGCAUUUCGUGCCUAUAUAUGUUGCACUCGGAGCCGGAGAAGAGGACGGAGAUGCGAAGCUCAUCGGCGAUAUAUUCGGGGCCAAGACCGUCGCGUUCUUCUAA